AUGGAAGAAGAGCCUCUAACUACUCCAGCAGCUGAAUCUCCUAUAAAAUCUCCAGGUAUUGACCGAGAUGACAAAAUAACAGUUCAUGUGAAGCCUGUAGGAAAUGCUCCUAUCCUAAAAAAGAGCAAAUUUAAAGUCUCAGGCUUAGAACAAUUUAAUACAAUAAUUACUUUUUUGAGGAAUCAGAUUAAAGCGAAAGAUAUAUUCCUGUAUAUAAACUCGUCGUUUUCACCACCUCCUGAUGCUAUUAAUUGAAUGCUUUCUUAGCCAGGGUAUGACUGGAGGUCAUGUCCUGGCUGAGACACCAUAUUUAAAGUAUAUCCGACAAGGUUUUGCCAAUCAAAAAUUGACAGUAUGCUAGGCAAGCAAUUUCAUGUCGUUUCAGAGCAUAACUCAAGUCCGGUUUCAGAUUUAGAUUUUAACUCGAGUGGAAGGAGAGGUACAUAGUAAGAAAGGGGAAGCGCAGCAAGCCAGCAGAUAAUAAAUCGACUAAUCUGGUAAAUCCUUAACGUGAAACCUAGAUCUACACUCCGGGAUUUGAACUUUUCCCUUUUGCCGAAAGUCAGCAGAAGUUCCAUUUUUUAAGAUAUUUGUGCUUUCAAAUUGCACGAAAACCAAGCUGCCACAGAAGUCAUUUGUCCGCUCACUCAACAAUGAACUGAGUAGCAAGGAGAAGGUACAAUAAGAAAAGCAAAGACUUCGGAUAUCCCAUAGUGUCAGGGGCCGAAGGAGGAGCAAAAUGGUUUCGAUCCUUUUCUGCUAGGAGAAUCAUUCCAAUCCAAAUCCAGCUUGGACAAAAGUGGCGAAAAUUUGAUAAACCCUUAUGGGCAGUUGGUGGUUGCACUACCAAUAGACAGAAGCCACCCUUUAAUUAAGAUUAGGAUGCUAUUUAUUGGGGAUUUAUUUUCUUGUUUCAAAGUUGGAGGAGAAUUGAUUGUUAAUUAUGCGAUAGUCGAAGCAUGGGGUUAG